CACUCGCACAGUGUGGGAUUGCGCGCAGCCGCCGCACAGUGACUUUGCUCUUGGUGCUCGGCCGUCGUGUGCGUUUGUUGCCUCGUGUGGUGCUCAUUCCGCUGCGCGCUUAUUGGAUUUGGAUUUUUGAGACGGCAAGCUCGUGUGUGACACCAUGGACCGGUACGGCUGAACCAUUACCGAGAUCAAGGACUGAAGGUGAUUCACCCGUUAUGAGAGGCUGUGCGGCGGCGUCCUGAAAGUGAAACCGGCGAUUCUGACCUCGCCGCGCGGCGCCAGCUGCAGUGACCAUGGACUCCCAAAUAGGCCUUGAUUACAUCGUCGAGAACCGCGACUACACGGCUAAAUUGGCUCUGGCGCUGGACACGAGCAACGAGACAGUGAAGAAGCAGGUCUUCGAGCUGCUGUCGGCGCUGUGCGUCUACAGUCCGGAGGGCUACGCCCGCGCCCUUGACGCACUCGAGUUCUAUAAGACACACAAGAAUGAACGCUACCGCUUCAAGAUAAUCGUGACAGAACUGAAGGAGACUAGCAGCCUCGAGUACCAGAUCGCACUCCUGGCUUUUGUCAAUUGCCUCAUCAUCUCAGUGACCCAGCUCAAGGACAGAAUCCGCGUCCGCAAUGAAUUCACAGGACUCAAACUUCAUGAAAUGCUCUCAACCUUGCAGAGGAGUAUAUCAGAAAAUCCUUCAAAACUGAGUCAGGAGCUGCGGGUGCAGUUGGAUGUUUUCUCUGAGCAGAAGGAAGGUGACGAGGCUGCCACUAGGACGGACGGCUCCCUGAGCUCGGCGGUGGAUCUGAACUCGCACCUAGAUGUUUUCUAUGUUAUCUUAAAUCAGGUUGUAGACACGCCGCAGGAGAUCCCGUUCCUCAACAUCCUGCAACACCUGCUCAGCGUUGACCCCAAAGAAGCGUCAAGUGACAUAAUUUGGGACGCGGCCGAGACCCUGGUGUAUCGUGCGACGCUGCUGGAGUCGCGCGAGGAGGCGAGCCGCCUUCUGGGCGCACACGCACGCAGCCAACCAAAACUGCAGGCCGGGGGCGAGCGCUCGUGCUUCUGCAACUGCCACCGGGAUGCGGACGGGGGUGGAAAGCGGAAGCAGUCCGGCGCAUCGCCGCUAGUGCUGCCCCCGGUGCCAGCGGCGGCUCCACCACCCCCGCCGCCUCCUGCGCCACCGAUGGCUGGCGGACCGCCGCCGCCACCGCCGCCUCCACCCCCAAUGGCCAGGGGACCCGCUCCCCCGCCCCCACCGCCACCUAUGCUGUCGCCAACCAGCGCCGCGCAGAAGAAAAUUUCCAUUGCGGCGGCCCAUGAAGCUGCUCUAAGUAGGGGCGGCCACCUGCACCCAGGGUUGUCCGAAGCAGAGGUGGCCUCCCUGGACGCCAUCCGCCUGCCCCAGCAAGACACACCCGUGCCCAAGGCCAAAAUGAAGACCUUCAACUGGAACAAGAUUCCGAAUAGCAAGGUUGUCGGCAAAAACAACAUUUGGUCGAUGGUGGCACAGAGUCAUAAGCACUCGCCGAUGGCCGACCUGGACUGGGCGGAAAUGGAAGGGCUCUUUUGCCAGCAAGCUACGGCAAUCACCACGGCGCCAAUGCCGAUAACAAACUCUCCAAGACUGGGAGGCCUCAGGGAUGACACGCCAAGGAAAGAGAAUACAGAGAUAACUCUUUUGGAUGGCAAGAAGAGCUUAAAUGUCAACAUAUUUUUGAAACAGUUUAAAAGUAGCUCGCAUGAGGAUAUUGUAAAACUGGUGCAAGAAGUGCAACCUGACGAUAUCGGCGCUGAAAGGAUGCGAACCCUUCUGCGCUUGCUGCCAGAGCUGGACGAGCUGGAGAUGCUGACCUCAUUUGACGGCGAUAAAAAUAGACUGGGAACAGCAGAAGCAUUUCUUUUGAGACUGAUCAAAGUGCCUAAUUAUAAGUUGCGAAUAGAGAGCAUGCUGUUGAAGGAGGAGUUUAAGACCAACAUGAAUUACUUGGAGCCCAGCAUCGGAGCCAUGAUUGACGCAGGAAGAGAUGUGAUGGAACACAGGUCGCUGCAAGAAGUUCUUUAUAUGGUUUUGGUAGCUGGAAAUUUCCUCAACUCAGGUGGAUAUGCCGGAAACGCUGCUGGAGUCAAGUUGACCUCUUUACAAAAACUCACCGAUAUCAGGGCAAACAAGCCCGGCAUGAAUUUGCUGCACUUUGUCGCAAUGCAAGCGCAAAAGAAGAACGAAGACUUUCUGAGGUUCCCUGACCAACUGACAGUAUUAGAGGAAUCCACGAAAACAUCCGUGGAGCAGUUGCAGAAUGAUAUAAACGCUUUAGAUGCCAGAAUCCAAAAAUUGAAAAAGCAAAUCGAGUUGCCCAGCACUGAAAUUGAAAUAAAAAAUGGAAUGAUGGAGUUCAUAGAGUACGCUGAGAAGGCCGUUGUAAUGCUAAAAGAGUUAAUGUGCGAAUUGGACAGCGUGAAAAAACUACUUGCCGACUAUUUUUGCGAGGAAUACUCGUCCUUCAAAUUGGAAGAGUGUUACAAAACUUUACACACUUUUUGCGUCAAAUUCAAGCAGGCCGUUGCAGACAACGCCAGGCGACAACUUCAAGACGAACAGGCCGCCGCCAGACGAAAAGUGAGGGAAGAGCAGCUAGCUGAAAAAAGACGCCAACUAUUUUCAAGUCAAUCUGGCUGUGCACUGGACUCUGAAUGCAGCUUACAGGAGUCUCUCUUUGGUUUGACACAAAAGAGAAGCUAUUACGACAGCAAUAAAGCGAGAAAAGUGCCGAACGGCUCAACGUCGACGCAAGGCCUCUCGGAAGAAGAUGCCUCUGUCACAAGUUCUCCGGCAGUUACCAGAAGAAGGACUGGUUCCUUUUCAGGACCAAGUGCUGAGCUAGGACAAGCACCACAGAAUGCCCUUGGCCAAGAAACCUAUUCACCAGAUGUGACACCAAACGGCACAUUGAGGAGAAGGAGAAGCAGGGUUCCAUCCGAAGAGGACGACUCCAGUUUAAUGGACUUUUUGAGGGCAUCAGGCCAGCAAGCAUCGGCCGCUGCUGAAUCGCUCAAAGACAGAAAGUCAUGGGGAAGCUUAGAUCGUUCUUGGGCCCGACGCGCAAGGGGAAGUGGACGAAAGCGGCCGGAUCUGUUGAGCGCCGACUUUAGCGGCGACCGUGAGAGACCGAGCAGCCCCUCGCUGCCCGUGGUGGAGCCUGCGGCGUCCACAGGUCCCGCCCGGCCGCCAGUCUUGCCGAGUGGUUUGACGCCGACCGACGACGUGGAGGGUAAACCAAGGUGUGUCAUUGCAAGGGCUUGGAGGCAAAAAAUCGAGGCGUGGCUAAUGGACAGUGAGAAAGAAGAAAAGAUGAGCGAAGAGCAGCGGCGGAGGCGUCGGCCACCCGCGAUGAAUCGCCGCUCCACAGCCGAAACUUCAACCGAGUCGGCAGAGGGUGAAAACAGAAACGGGUCGGGUAUCUUGGACACUCUCCCGGAAGAGAAAACGGGCUCUUACCGCAGAGUCUACUCCGACUGGAAACCUACCAUUGAGAAAACGGACGUCGUCGGUGCCAUGGAAGCGAUAGCAGAGGCACAGCAACCAUCAGUGGCCAUAACUUUGAAAGACAAGUCAGCCUGGCGGAAAUCGAAUUUGAAUGCGAGCACCGACGAGCCUGAUGUUAACGCUAGAAUGCUGAGAAGAUUGCGCUCGAGGACGCAAAUCGAUAAUCCAGACGAUGCCGACAGCUCAACCAAAGAUACUCAAAAGGAAUCCAACCCUGUGAUCGACUCGCUCAGCCGGAAAAGCCAGGAUGAUAAGCUGACAUUGUACCUGAAAACUCCUUCAAACACACCGGAAGCGCCAAAAAGAAAUAGGGAGACUCCAAGACCAACCUCACUUUUUAUACAACAAAGUGCGGCACCAUCCACGCCAAGUCCAAGCACAACCGCGACUAGCUCGUUGCCGUAUUACGAAACAGACUUUAGUGCCAACUCAGUGAAUACCAGCACCAGGUACGUCAAAAAAUCUGACCUUCCACCUGUGGACGUGCUGGCGUCACCGCUUCCCAACCGGCGCCUCAUGAAUAACGGCGGUGGAUCGCUCGAUAGGAAGCUUCUGCGAGAUUCGAUGGCUGAGUACAGAAUCCCGCAGAGUCCACUGAUGCGACGCAAAGAAUACCCUCUGGUGGAGAGAGAAGAGGCGCCGCCGUGCGACCGGCUGACCAAUAUGCUCAAGCACGAUGCCGAGGAUAACGAAUUGGGAGACGGCAGCAAAUUCGACAGGUUCUCGCCCGCCAGACGAACUACCAGGAGGCCCUUGGUCCGCACGGGCACCAAAGACAGCGACCUUGGAGUGCCCAAGGACGAGCCAAAGCCGGAGGAGGUGAUCAAAGAUGUAGCGAGUCCUAUUCUGAAACUCGAAAAGCAGAAAGCGGUCGAGUCCCCGGUGAGCGAGAAAACGGAGCCCAGCUGGCCCUCGAAGCCGGUCACCGGCAUCAACAAGUCUCUGGCCGAGAUGCUGACCAAGAGCGACGAGCCCAAUAAGAUCCGGCGUAGCAGCUCCGAGUCCAUCAAGCGUCCAACUGCCUUGCUCUCGGCGCGCACGACCAGCAGGGCCGCUAAGCCGAUCGCCGAGCAGCCCAAGGCCAGCAGUCUGCUGCAGCGCACGCAGUCCCUGGGCAGGUCGGCAGCUGCGGCGCCGGCCGUCAAGGAGGACAAGCCGCGCCUGGUGCGUCAGCUGUCCCGGACGCCGAGCCAGACCCUGGGCAAGGUGGGCGCGGAGCAGGUGGAGCGGACUAGCUCGAUCAGCAGCCUGCGCAGCUCCAAGAGCUCGAUCGCCAGCAACCCGCCGAGCAAGCAGCCCGUGUGGGUCAAGCAGGACGCGAGCAACACGCCGCGAAGGGCCGUCAAGGAAGCGCCGCCGAUCAGGGAGAAACAGGAGCCGGCGCCAAAGAAGACGGAAACCAGGUUCGGAUACACGCCGAGCAGUCUGGGUGGCACCCAGAUCAAAAGGUCUUCCAGCAUGGCCAGCAGGCCCAAGAGGGGCGACAGCAUCAGCUCCAAGGAGAACCUGAUCAGCCCGAAGACGGUGGCGCCGCCAUCCAGCACCAAGCUGACGCGCAACCGACCCACCAGCCUCAGCUUCAUGCGUCCAACCGCGGCCAGCACGAGCAAGGAGGCGAGUCAGGGGCCGGGCCCCGGCGAACCUCAGAGCCCCGGCGUCGCCUUCGGCUCCAGCAGAAUCCACAGGCUGGCCAUGAAACCAGUGGCGCAGGCGAAAUGGACCUGAUUUUAUUUAUUUCAAAAUUACGCCUCAGUCUUUAUUACGGUAAUUUUUUUACUUUGAUUUAGUGAUUAUAAUUUUCGCGUAUAAAACAUCGCGUUACCAGUGCCGAUUUCUUUUUACGAAGUAUUAAAUAUGUAUUAUUUGAAUUUACGCAAUUCAGUCUCUCUCACCCAACAUUUUGUAACGUAUUAACGAUUUUAUUGUAACACAGCAUGCGAUCCUUUAACGUGAGUUAUGUACUUUCUGAGCGAAAAUCGUUUUAUUUAAGUCAACUAUGUGUGUCUUCUUGAAAAACAAUUAUAAAUUACAAAAUAAAGAAUGCUCAUUGUCAGUCGCACCGGAACUGCAAUUAUAA